AUGGCACGAAGAAUUGGACGUGAAGUUAUUUCAAUUCAUGUUGGACAGGCAGGAUGUCAAAUUGGAAAUGCAUGUUGGGAAUUAUAUGGAUUGGAACAUGGAAUUUUAGCUGAUGGAACUCUUUCAGAAUGGGUGGAUAAUGAGCAUGAUGAUGCAUUUAAUACUUUUUAUUCUGAUACUAAAUUAGGAAAACAUGUACCAAGAGCUAUAUUUGUUGAUUUAGAACCAACUGUUAUUGAUGAAAUACGAACAGGAGCAUAUAAACAAUUAUUUCAUCCACAUCAAUUAAUUACUGGAAAAGAAGAUGCAGCAAAUAAUUAUGCAAGAGGACAUUAUACAAUUGGAAAAGAAAUAAUUGAUGUUGUUAUGGAAAGAGUACGUCUAAUGUCAGAACCAUGUACUGGAUUACAAGGUUUUAUGAUUUAUCAUUCAUUUGGUGGUGGUACUGGUUCAGGGUUUUCAGCACUUUUAAUGGAAAGUCUUUCAAUGGAAUAUGGUAAAAAGUGUAAACUGGAAUUUAGUAUCUAUCCAUCUCCAAGGAUUAGUACAGCAGUUGUAGAACCAUAUAAUUCUGUCUUAACAACACAUACAACAUUAGAACAUUCUGAUUGUUCAUUUAUGGUUGAUAAUGAAGCAAUUUAUGAAAUAUCACAUAAAAACUUAGGAAUAACAAAUCCAACAUAUACAAAUUUAAAUAGAAUUAUUGCACAAGUUGUAUCAUCAAUUACAGCUUCAUUAAGAUUUGAAGGUGCUUUAAAUAUGGAUUUAAAUGAAUUUCAAACAAAUCUUGUACCUUAUCCAAGAAUACAUUUUCCAUUAGCAACAUAUGCUCCAAUAAUUAGUGGAGACCGUGUUUUACAUGAACAAAUGUCUGUGGCUCAAAUAACAUCACAAUGUUUUCAACCUGGUGCACAAUUGGUUAAAUGUGAUCCUAGAACGGGAAAAUUUAUGGCAUGCUGUUUAUUAUAUCGUGGUGAUGUUGUACCCAAAGAUGUUAAUGCUGCUAUAGCUAGUAUUAAAGCUAAUAGAGCAGUACAAUUUGUUGAUUGGUGUCCAACUGGUUUUAAAGUUGGUAUCAAUUAUCAACCACCAACAGUUGUUCCUGGUGGUGAUAUGGCUAAAUUACAACGUUCAGUAUGUAUGCUUUCAAAUACCACUGCCAUUGGCGAUGCUUGGUCACGCCUAGAUUAUAAAUUUGAUUUACUUUACUCAAGAAGAGCUUUCGUUCAUUGGUAUGUUGGAGAGGGAAUGGAAGAAGGAGAAUUCAAUGAAGCAAGAGAAGAUCUUGCUGCUUUAGAAAGAGAUUAUCAGGAGGUUGGAGCCGACACCAAUGAUGAAUAUUAA